AAUUUUCCUUUAAGUGAAAAUUUUCUUUGAACUUUAUUUUUUUUUUAAACAAAACUUACUCUUUUUUUUUUAUUUUUCUUUAGCCUUCUCACAUCACCUACUGUGAAAUAAAACAUUUUUACAAACUGCUUCGAUUUUUAUCAAAACAAUUACACUCUUAUAUGUGCCAUCCCUAUAAUUAAAAGAAAAAAGAAGCCCCUCCCCAAAAUUUUCGCCAUCCACCUGGUUUUUACCUUCCUCGAAAUUGUAAAUCCUCUCCCCAAACAAGCUUCCCGAGCACAAUGAGUAUGGCCGACUUAUUUGAAAAAUGCGUUUCCUUCGUAAACGCCCUUCCCAAAAGUGAAAUAAUUUCUUUGGAGAAUAAAUUACUUUUGUACAAAUACUUUAAGCAAGGCACAGUUGGAAACUGUAACAUAGUUGCACCAAGUAUGUUUAAGCUUCAGGAAAGGAAAAAAUAUGAAGCAUGGAAAUCAAUUGAAAAUUUGAGCAAAGAAGAAGCAAAGAAGAAGUAUGUCGAAACGGUUCAGAAUUUGUAUCCCGACUGGGAAAAGGGAAUAUAAAAGAAAAGAUUUACAAAUGUGAACUGAACAUAUUUUUUUACAACAUAAGGAGAAAUUUAUAAAAUCUGUGGGCACAAUUUUGCGUGUGUAUCACGAAGCAUCCCACGUUGUGCUGCAAAUGUAUAGAAGUACUUACAACAUGCGAGCAAAACAACGCGUAAUUGCUUAUGUAUACAUCUUCAUGAAUGCAUAUUUCUAGCCGUGUUGUUGAUGACACGGUGUGAAGGGAACAUUUCUUCUUUUUUUUUUCACCCCCCUCCUCCCCCGAAAAUAUGAAAUGUGUAGAAGAAACUUCUUUUUUAUGUACGCGUUUUUGCAUUUGCCAUUUUUAUGCUGAAGUGUAAGCAUAUAUAUACGAAA